AUGGUUUCAGGUAUCUUCCAUUUAAUGAACUCAGUUAUUGAAAUACAUUCAAGAACCAAUGCUAUUGGAAUGCCAAUACAAGACAAUGCUAACGAUAUUCAUAUGAUAUCAAUGAAUAUAAAAGAAAUCAUUAAUCUUGGAUCAUUUCAGAAUAAUAGUCGAAUGAGUACUUCAUAUAACUCAAAUGAUUGGGAUCGACAAAGUAUAGACUUAAAUGGACAACGCGGUUGUUACAGGAAUAAAAACAAUGACAAUCGUUUGGUGGAUUCAGGAAACCCAUUUAAUAAAUGUUAUGAUGUUCAUGAAUAUAGAAUCAAAAAAUGCGUUUUACACAGUUAUAUGAGUAGUGAUUUACCUAUUAUCUGUAAUUUUUUCACGUUUUAUUGGACACCCGAUAAAGAUGAUCAAACAUGUUUAACAAUGACAUAUUAUACAAAAUCUGAAUCAUACGACGAUGUGAACAAUCCUUUUGUUAUCACGAUGACUGUAAACGAUGAAAAUAAUAAUAUGUUGAUACCUUCAACAGUAUUGGAGCAAUAUGAUGGUAUAACAACAUUGAAAAUUACUAAUAUUGAUUUUAAGAACAAUCAAGAAUAUAAAUUAUCAUUACAAUUAACCGCGACGGACAGCUCUAGUGCUCAACACUUUUAUCAAUAUUUUAAAUUUGGGAUCAAACGAAUUGCCCAAUGUUCGAACUAUGAUGGAGAAGAUGUUCGAAUUAUUUCUGUGGAUCAUAUUUCUGGAAAAAUACCAAAACCAUUCAAUAUUCUGGGAAACAGUAUAGUUCAACCUUCUAAUUAUCUAGGACCAUGUUUAAAUGGUGGAUAUAUUAUUAACCAAUCGUCAAAAUGCGUUUGUCCUCCUGGAUUUAAGGGAAAAUUUUGUGAGACAGGUUGUGGUGUAAACUCCUUUGGAUCUGAUUGUAAAGGAGUAUGCUCUAUACAGACUGAUAUGUGUCGUGGAAUGUUCAUGUGUACAAGUUAUGGAUGUACAUGCACACCGGGACUAACUGGUCCAUCGUGUAACGAAGACUGUACAAUGGGUACAUAUGGAGCUGAUUGUAGACAAACAUGUUCCGAUCAUUGUCUUAAUAAUAUGUGUGAUAAAUAUACAGGUGGCUGUAAUUAUGGUUGUUCAGUGGGAUAUAUACCACCAUAUUGCAGCGAAAAAUAUCAUUACUUAAUUGAACCACCUACACUGCGUUUUGCCAAUUUCGAUGCGAUUGAAAUAGAAUUGGAUUUUCAAGAAAAUAAUAUAAAAGGAGGAGACAAAAUUAUAAAGCCAAAAUAUUAUCAAUUAUUUUAUAAGUCAUUAAUAGAGAAUACAUUUAGAAAUUCAGAAAUUAAACCAAUAAGCAACACUAAUAAUGUUACACUUGAAGUAAUCAGAGACUUAGAAUCGGACACUAAAUAUACUUUUGGAGUUUUGCUAAUUGCAGAUGAUGGAAAUUUUAAUGAACAAAAUAUGGUAUAUGGUCAAUAUAAAACCCCGUGUAUGCAACCUCAAAUUAAUGAUUAUAACAUAAAAUUAAUGAGUGGAAUACAAAGCAUAAACAUAACAUGGAGCAUAAGUAUAUCAAAUCGACUAGAAUGCAAUAUUACAAAAUAUGUUUUGACGUUAAUGUCAAAUCAAUCACAAAAACAAAAAUCUGAUGAACAAGAAUUAAUACUACCAAGUACUGAUAGUGGUCACGUUUUAGAUAAUCUUCUUCCGGGCUUUAAAUAUAACAUCAAAUUAACUCCUUCGACAAGUAAUGGAACGUUACCAUCCUCGCCUAUAUAUUCAAUCACUACUCUUAUGACAAAAAAUGACGUCCAAAUAAAAAAUAUUUCCACUAAAUAUGAAAAUGGAAAAAUCAAAUUAAACUGGAUAUUGGUGAAUAAAAAUCUGAAUUACGCUACAGUUGAUGUACCAGUUACAGCAAUAAUAAAAUAUAAAGUGAAACGAAUUCUCAGCUGUUCCUUAAGAGAAGUAGAACAAAAUUGGACGUCAAUAACAGUUUUUAAUCGAACCAACUAUGAAAUCUACGAUCCAAUGCCGAAUUCUCAAUAUAGUAUACAAGUUUUGGUUGACAUUAAAAACAAAAAUACUACUCAACAAGAAAAUAUGUUUGAUGUAUUAACACCAGCAUCAAGUCCAAUAACUGAACCAAUCUUAGAUCCUGAUCAUCCAAUGUGCAUAACUAAUAACUCUAUUUUUGUUCAGUGGAAAUUUGAUCCCGAAAAUUGCUCAAAACUAAAUGGAUUUUUGUCUCAAUUCUACAUAGAAUUAAAGGAUAAGGUUGCUGACAUUUUAGAAAUAAGAGAAACGAAAAACAAUUACGUUAGCUUUAACGAGCUAAAAUCCAACACAGCUUAUGAACUGAAAGUAUUUAUAAAAACACACUUCGGUUAUAAUCCAGAUCAUUUUCUACUCACCAAUUUCAAGACUAAAUUUGAAAAUUUAAAACCAGUAGAAGAUUUAGUGGUUUAUAAAAAGAGUCUAAAGAAUCAUAUGGCAGGGAUUCGCUGGAGGUAUUCCCAAGACACAAAUGUAGACGGAUUUAUAGUUUUGUUUGAUGAGAAUCCUUUGAUAAACACAAAAAACGUUUCCAUUAUACCACCCCAGAAUUGUUCAGCGUGGCCAGAAUACUAUUGUCAUACAUUUUAUAAUUUGAGUAAAACGAGCAACAACUAUAUAUUUAAAAUAAUGCCAAAGUCUAUAGAUUAUCCAGAAGGUGGUAAAUUUUCGUCUAUUUAUUUCAAUAACAGCAUCGAUGAACUACCUGAUUCUCCAAUGAAUUUAAAAACGACCGAAAUUGGUAGCGCUACAAUAGUUCUCCAGUGGGAUAUUCCAUGGAUAUUAAACGGUGAAUUAGAAAUGUUCAUUAUUAAAAUCGAAGAAAUUUCAUCAAUGGGCACUUGUUGUGUUGGCAUUACAGAUAUACGAAUUUCGGUUAAUGAAGAACUACCAACGUAUAACCAUACGAUAACCGGCCUGCAUCCCGGAUCCACAUAUUUGAUUGGAGUAUCUGCUAUGUCAUCUCUAGUAUCAACUACAUCCAAAUCAUCAUGGUACGAUUUGCCGUCUAGACUGUCUGUCACACUUCCAACUAUUUAA